GCGCUGCGCCAACACGCCUCCCUCCCCCGCAUCUGCCUCGCACCAGAUCGCACAGCCUCGCACCUCCAGUUCCUCCAUUUCCCCUCCGUCACUCUCUCAUCUCCCCACCGAGCUCCCUCUCCCUCAAAAUCUCUCGGGCCCUUUCCACUUUCCAAUCUCCAGACAGCGAGGGUCCUGGCGACUUCCCCAGUUAACCUCGGCGAACAGCACAGCCGCGUCCCUACGCCCAGACUCGAACACACGCACGAGCACCAGCACAGGCAGACAGCACGUUUCCUGUCCCUGUGUGACACCCACCCUCGUCGCGCACGGACGCGCCAGUCCCCGCGCUUUGCCCUCCUCCCGCCACACACAUACACACACACACACACACACACACACACUCACUCACUCACUCACUCACACGCACGCAAGCGCGUGCAGGGUCGAGCCGAAGGCAGCUCUCCCGCAGUCACUCGGAGUCAUCCGGCGCCAGUCUCACAGAGCCCAUGGCCUCUCCCGGCUCCGGCUUUUGGUCCUUCGGAUCUGAAGAUGGCUCUGGGGAUCCCGAGAACCCGGGCACAGCGAGAGCUUGGUGCCAGGUAGCUCAAAAGUUCACCGGCGGCAUCGGAAACAAGCUGUGCGCUCUGCUCUACGGAGACUCUGAGAAGCCAGCCGAGAGCGGCGGGAGCGUGGCCCCGCGGGCUACCACCCGGAAGGUCGCCUGCACCUGCGACCAAAAACCCUGCAGCUGCCCCAAAGCGGAUAUCAACUACGCGUUUCUGCACGCAACAGACCUGCUGCCAGCCUGUGAUGGGGAGAGGCCCACACUGGCAUUUCUGCAAGACGUUAUGAAUAUUUUGCUCCAGUAUGUGGUGAAAAGUUUCGAUAGAUCAACUAAAGUGAUUGAUUUCCACUACCCCAACGAGUUACUUCAAGAGUAUAAUUGGGAAUUAGCAGACCAACCACAAAAUUUGGAGGAAAUUUUGACGCAUUGCCAAACAACUCUAAAAUAUGCAAUUAAAACAGGGCAUCCCCGAUAUUUUAAUCAGCUGUCUACUGGAUUGGAUAUGGUUGGGUUAGCAGCAGACUGGCUGACAUCAACAGCGAACACUAACAUGUUCACCUAUGAGAUUGCUCCAGUAUUUGUGCUGUUAGAAUAUGUCACACUAAAGAAAAUGAGAGAGAUCAUUGGCUGGCCAGGGGGCUCUGGAGAUGGAAUAUUUUCUCCUGGUGGCGCCAUCUCCAACAUGUAUGCCAUGCUUAUUGCCCGAUACAAGAUGUUUCCAGAAGUCAAGGAGAAAGGAAUGGCUGCAGUGCCCAGGCUCAUCGCCUUCACAUCAGAGCAUAGUCACUUUUCUCUCAAGAAAGGAGCUGCAGCCCUAGGGAUCGGAACAGACAGCGUGAUUCUGAUUAAAUGUGAUGAGAGAGGGAAAAUGAUCCCAUCUGAUCUCGAAAGAAGAAUCCUUGAAGUCAAACAGAAAGGAUUUGUCCCUUUCCUUGUGAGUGCCACAGCUGGAACCACUGUGUAUGGGGCUUUUGAUCCCCUCUUGGCUGUUGCUGACAUUUGCAAAAAGUAUAAGAUCUGGAUGCAUGUGGAUGCAGCUUGGGGUGGAGGGCUACUGAUGUCCCGGAAACACAAAUGGAAGCUGAGUGGAGUGGAGAGGGCCAACUCUGUGACAUGGAAUCCACACAAGAUGAUGGGUGUCCCUCUGCAAUGCUCAGCUCUCCUGGUUAGAGAGGAGGGACUGAUGCAGAGCUGCAACCAGAUGCAUGCUUCCUACCUUUUUCAGCAAGACAAGCACUAUGACCUGUCCUACGACACUGGAGACAAGGCCUUGCAGUGUGGACGCCACGUUGAUGUCUUUAAACUAUGGCUCAUGUGGAGAGCAAAGGGGACUACUGGCUUUGAAGCACAUAUUGAUAAGUGUUUGGAGCUGGCAGAGUAUUUAUACAAUAUCAUCAAAAACCGAGAAGGCUAUGAAAUGGUGUUUGAUGGGAAACCUCAGCACACAAAUGUGUGCUUCUGGUUUGUGCCUCCCAGUUUGCGUGUUCUGGAAGACAAUGAAGAGAGAAUGAGCCGCCUCUCAAAGGUGGCACCAGUGAUUAAAGCCAGAAUGAUGGAGUAUGGAACCACAAUGGUCAGUUACCAGCCCCUGGGAGACAAGGUCAACUUCUUCCGUAUGGUCAUCUCAAAUCCUGCAGCAACUCACCAAGACAUUGACUUCCUCAUCGAAGAAAUCGAACGCCUGGGACAAGAUUUGUAAUCACCUCACUCAUCAAACUGUUUAAAUCCUCUAGGUAGACAGUUAAGUUGUCACAACUGUGUAAAUGUAUUUGUAGUUUGUUCCAAAGUAAAACUAUUUCUAUAUUGUGGUGUCACAGUAGAGUAAAGUUUAAAAAAAAAACAAAACUAACAAACAGGAAAAGAAACAUCCAUCGCUCCUUUUAAAGAUCCUUUCUUAAGUUUAGAAUAGCUCUCUAAUAAUUAGUGACAAAAGGCUAUGUUCUAAUCAGUAAGAGAAAGUAUAAAGUUGUUAUAAAUAUUUCCCUUUUAAUAUCGUAUGCCAGUCCAACUUUACUUUCACUUCAGAGCAGGAGUACUGAAUAGUGCCAAAUCACCCCUGAAUCAUAAAAGGUUCUCUGGGGUGCCAUGAAAAGGACAAAGUAAAUAUAAAAUGUACGCUGACAAUACAAACUCUUGCCUUUUUCAUAGUAUUAGAAAAAAUUUCUAAUUUACCUAUAGCAACAUUUCAAAUGUAUUUAAAUACAUAUAAUUUUACAAAAAGAAAAAUAUAUAUAAAAGAAAUCCUAUUUUGUAACAGCAUAUAGAUUUUAUUUUAUAUGGGUUAUAUAAACUGCAGGGGCAGAUAUGAAACCUAAGCCAGAUUUAUUUCUUUAUUUCUUUCUCUCUUUUUCUCUUUCUUUUCAUAGAGGCACAAUAAAACCUUUAGCAAGGUAAUUUUAACAUACAAACACACAAAAUUCUUUAAAAGUUUAAUAACUUAUGUUAGUAUAUAUCAUUGCUUACGAUAUCCCUAAAGAUAGUAUUUCAAAACAAACACAUACACACACACACACACACACACACACACACACACACACACACACAAAGAAAGAAACUUCUAAAAACAAUUGACUGAAUCAACAAUUAAGACUCUCUUCCUGUUUAGGCUUUGCACGAGUUGGCCCUAGAAGACCCACUGUAUAAGCCCUGCUUGGUCCUAGAUCAGGCAAGCAUGUCAGUCCUGCUUUCCCCUGUAGCCUGCUUUGAACAGAAGGUUGAUAUUAGUUCUUGACAUGUCUUUUCAUACCAUAUUCUUUUAUUAGAUCACGUAGAUUAAUUAGAAAAAACUAAAAGUAAAACCUAAUCAGUCCUCGCAAGGAGGAGUGUAGCACAUUCCUUAAUUGUGAUGAGCUCAGAAUAUUAAACCCAGUCAUGGGAGAUGAGACCUCUGUGUGACAAUAAUGGCUUCAUCCCAAAUACCAUUCUGCUGCUUUCUGGGAAAACAUCAUUUGUGUCACGCCCACUCUUUUGUCUGAAUUCCUUCUUCAUCCACACUUUAAAGUUUCUCCUGCUAGACUCCCUACCUCCAGACCCUCAAGAAGGAAUUAAUAUCUCAUGUGGAUGUUUUCCUUUUCUGAAACGAGAUCCUCAUGCAAGCAGUUUCAAGAUAGCCUAAGAUCUUUUAUCUGCCUCCAGUCAAGACCCACAGUGACCAGGAUAUGCAAAGAUCACUAAAACUCAAAAUACUAUUUUAAAAGUAAUCUUCUUUCUCUGUCAACUAUAUGGAGAGCUUAUCCAUAGCUCCAUGAUAACUUUAGAGUCACAUAUGACCUAAGUGCUAGUAGGAGAACUAUGACCUUUUGUAAACAAAUGGCAGAUACUCCAAGUGGAUGGAUAUUUCAAAAGUCAGAAAGACUCCAGGAACAUAGAAAGGAGGCCCUGUCCUCAACAGUCAUAUAUCUUCAUGUGUACAAACAUACUGAUUAUCUAUAAAUGUGGCUUCAGGCCUUUGCUGUCUAGAAAGUCAAUGGACUCCCCAGAGCACUGAAGAGAAAACUCCCUAUGCAGCUGAGUUGCAUGAAGGAAUAGCCUCCCAUUUUAGGUACUCAGUAAUGGGCAAGCAGGCCUUUCUAGAAACUGAUUGUGGAAAGUAAGCCAGCAGCUGUCCAUGCAUCUUGAGCCUCAGGCCCAAGAUCUCAUUUCAUAGGAAGAGAUUCUCAUCUAUCAAACCUACUGUCCACUUAGAGAAGGCAGGGGGCCUGGUGUCCUGAUAGACAGAAAAGCUUAGCUCUUAGGGAACAGACUUGGUAGCACAUGCUGGCUUCUAGUUUGAUGAGAUGGCAAACUUUGAAAAGUAGUCGUGUCCAUGUAUGAGAUUCCAGCAAAAUGCUAUUCACUGGAAUUAAAUCUAUCUACUUAUUUUACAGAUUCUUCCUCAAGUUUUCUUGGAGCCUUGCUUAGAUAUGGAAAUCUCUUCCCACUAUAUUCUAGAGAGGGAGGCCAGUGCUCUAAUUAGAUCUGCCAUCUACUUGAGACAGAGAGGGGAGGAAGAUGGGAAGAAAGAAUAAUGGAGGGAGACUGCACUGAACAUUGGUCCAAAUUCCCAGUGCCAAAGGUCUUUAUUUGUGACCUUUUUUAUCUUUCAUUUAUAAAACAUUGGUUUCAGCUUUAAUCAGAAUUGAUAUGGCCAUUUUUUAUUUACAUAGCAAUAUUUCAUUUAUUAUUUAAAAUACUUGAAAAAAGUAGAGUGUGUGUUUAUCUGAGAUCUCUAAAUGGUAUAGAGCUCAUGUACUGUUACAGGAUUUGAGAAAAGAAAAAAGUGUGUGUGUGUGUGUGUGUGUGUGUGUGUGUGUCCUUUAGUACAUUGUUAGUACGGUCUUGUCACCUCAGAUUGGGGUUGUGCACUUUAUAUUGAAUUGUGUGGUGUUGCAAAUCAACGUGUGUUGCUGUAAAAACUUGCACAAUUAUCAGUGUGUCUUCUAUGUGGUAGCUAUAUUGAGACUAUGAAAACUAUAUUUGCAUUUAUUCCUGUUCUCACCUCACCCUCUCAUCCUGUCCCAAGCUGUAUGCCUUGUACAUCAGCUCUAAUAGAGAAUAUAACCUCAGUUAAGCCCCACCCUAAGAAAUCGUUUUGAGAAUUCUGUGAUAGAACACAAAGUGCAAAGGGAGCCCUGUUUCAUCUAUGAGGCUAGAGAAACCAAUUACAGUGUGUCAGGAGCCGCUGAUACUGCAGGUGUUGACUCUGUGGGGACUUGGAGUAGGUGCUGCUCCUCAGAAAAUGGAUAAAGGAAGCACAGGUGUAAAUAUAGCAGCAGGACAAAGAAUCAAAAACCAUCAAAUCAGGUAUCAUCUUGCACGUGCUUUUCUGUUUCAAGUGCUAAAUGCAAACACUGUGUAUUAAUUAGUUGAGUGUGCCAAGAUCUUGUUACCAAAUGGUGUUUCUGAAUAAUGUCAAUAUUUCCCCAGCACCUCUCCAUUACUAAAGACAGAAUAAAAAUAAAACAUACAGACAUGUGGCAACCUGUUCUUCCUACCAAAUAUAAACUUGUGUAUGAUCAAAGUAUUUUACCUGUGUUUUCUCUCUAAACCCAAAUAAAUGUGUAAAUGUGGACAUA